AUGGUCCAGCUUGUCGAGGUCGAGGACGAGCACUUCCAGUCCAACCAGACCGGCCCCGAGGAGGAGGACGACUUUACCGAUACUGACUCCGAAAUCUCCAACGAGUCCGAGUUCGACCCUUCAGAAGAGAGUCUAGCCGAGCGCCUAUACGCCCUCCGCGACAUCGUUCCCCCCACGACCCGCAGUUGGAUCUCGGGCAAGGUCAACACAAUCUCGAGCGCCGCCUGGUCGGCCCUGUCCUUUAGCGGCAAGGCUUCGUGGGUCAUCACCACCUCCGCCCUCUUCCUCGGUGUCCCCUUCGCCCUGUCCUUUGCCGAGGACCAGCAGCUCACCGCCAUGGAGCAGGAGUACAAUAUGCGCCAGCAGGGUAGCGAGCUCCUCACUGCCGGUGGUGCUGAGCAGACCACCGCCGACAAGCUCGGCGCCGCCCUCGGCGAGGGUCAGGUUCAGGGCCAGGUCAAGCCUGCUCUGUAA